CAGCUAUCUAGCGUUAGCAAAAAAACACAGACUAGUCUAACCCAAAACUAGUAGCCGGUCAGGCUUUCACUGUGGUCUUGCUUUCGCGAGACUGUCUCCAGUUGCCAAGAAACACUAAAGGCCUCUCCUGCAGCCAACCAGUCAACUACUGUCAAACAUACAGCAACCUCACCUAAUCCAUCAAAAAUGGUGAAGAUAUUUGUUGGCAAUGUAGCGUCAGCAACCACGGAAGCAGAGCUCCGUGCAUUAUUUGAGAAGCAUGGUGCUGUAUCAGACUGUGACAUCCUGAAGAACUAUGGCUUUGUGCACAUGGAUGAGGAGGAAGCAGCACAGAAGGCUGUGGCUGCCUUGCACAAGCACGUGCUCAACGGCUCCCGCAUCACUGUUGAGUAUGCAACCACCAAGGUGCGUAAUGCCACCAAGAUCUACGUGGGCAAUGUGCCUGAGGGUGUCACAGCUGCUAAAAUCAAGGAGCUCUUCCAGCCAUUUGGCAAGGUGGUGGAGUGUGAUAUUGUGAAGAAUUAUGCAUUUGUUCAUAUGCAGAGGGAAAACGAGGCCUUGCAGGCUAUCAGGGAACUUAAUCAUUCUAAACUGGAGGGUCAAAAGAUCUUUGUAUCCCUCUCUCGCAGUAACCAAGCUAAAAAUGGCAGAGGGGAGGAAUAUCUUCCUCCUCCUCCUCCCCAUCACUUUCCACCCCUCCCUCCCCCUCAUCCUCACUACCUUCCCCCACGUCCGCCGCCCGGUGACUACUAUUCGCCCCGAGGUCGACUUCCACCUCCUCCUCUCCCUCCGCCGCCUCCCCGCGCCUACUACGAGCGGGAGGCGUACGAGAGGGGCGUUCGCCACGACCCAUACGCCGCUGCCACUGCGCGUUUUUAUGAGCGGGACCCCUACGACCGACGUCUUCCGCCCCCGCAGCGACCGCUUUCUCCUUCCCUCGCCUCUCGCUACUAUCGCGAGCGCAGCCCUCUGGGCACUCGUCGUUCUCUCCUGCCUCCGCCACCCCCACCACCAUCCUCUGCCACCUACGCCCGCAACUACGUCCGCACUGGUGCGAGUGUCGCACCUCCUCCCCCCUCCUCUGCCGCCUCGACUGCCCACUAUCAGCGCUAUACUCUCGGCUCAGGCUUUGAUAAAGAUGAUUACUUGGAGGACAAGUACAGCAAUGGCUUCAGCCGUGGCUUUUAAAUGUGCUUUGUCCAGAGAGUCUGUAAGUCCCCGUUUCGUAUUGUAGAAGGCGAGUGAUCCAAGAGGGACAUGUCUGCAGGGAGUUAGGAAAUAUUCUAUGGUGGUUGUAGCUAAUUCAGACAACGGGUAGAACAGUUAAUACUUUAUUCAUUGAUUUAACUAUAGAUUCAUCUCAUCUUAUUGAAGGAUCAUCAAGUACUGAAUAAAAUUUACAUUUGGAAAGAAUUAUAUAGUGAUUUGAAAUGUACUGAAGUUAAAGGCCAUAUCGCCAUUUUGAAUAUUUUUUACAUACAAGAUGGAGACUUUGUUUUUCUGUCAGAUUUUAUUUUAGUGGUAUGUCUUGCAUGUGUAUUGGAUUAGGUAAAGAAAAGUGAGACUGCUUAGGCCCCAGGGCUAAUGGAUGAAUAGCUACUCUGUGGGCCUCUUGUUAAUAUUGACAUUUCUCUUUAUGCUCCUGGGGCUAGAUAAGCUCAUGAGGUCUUUAUUUAACUGAAAACUAGCCCACCUCUGCAUUGUUCAUUUAGGAAAUUUUGUUUAGUAUUUAGUUAUAUAAUAUUUUGACAUGUCCUGAAGCAUGACCUAUGACUUGCAUGAUUAAGAACAAUAAGGCUCUAAUUUGAGAUCAUCAGACAUUAAUCUCACCCUGAUUCCAAAGAUACACUGUCCUGUGUAGCUAGGUUUUUGUUUUUAAUUGCAAUUAUUUAUUUAGUAUCUUUUUUCAGAAGUUCAUUAAUUUUUGAAUGAAGUUCUCUUGUGGACAGAUUUGAUAUGGGCCAGGUGAUUUGAAAAACAUUGUUUAAAGUUACUUUGUAUGAAAGAGUUGGGACCAGUGUAAGGACAAGGAGGAAGAGGGAGGAUGUAGGUAAAGAUGUGGUAGUGGGCGGAGCUGGGUGCACACCAACUGAUCAACAAAUCACAUCUUAACGGCCUACCGAAUACGACAUCCACUGGCCACUCAUCACUUGGAAACGACACCACCUCCUAGGAUAAAGCACCAUCGACUAAAGGAAACUCAGAAAACAAAUGAGUGACCAUCCGCUGACCGUCUAAAUAAACCAAAAAUCUCAGGCUGAUUCUUAAAUUGCUACUCUGUAUUUCAACGUAAAAUUGUGUCCUGCCGAUUAAUCGUUCCCGCAGACUUUGUAGCCUUUAUUGAUUCUCAAGACAUUUUAACGUUACGGUUCAAUGGACGUGUUUGUGAAACUAUUACUGAAACCCCAGUAUUGUAGCCUGUCCUACUUGUGCUAUUGUUUCCCUACGUUCUUUUUGUUAAAAUACAAUUCUGCUGAAUAUGUACCUCUUAAAAUCCACAUCUCGACUGUUGAUGCGACCCGAUCUCUCUAUAAACUGUUCCACUCGAGCUCUUUAACGGUUGUUCGAACAUAAGUCGAUUUUUGUGCUUGUUUUGCUUACUUAAAAUACAUUUAGUUAUGUGCUAGCAGUCGCUGUCUUCAAACAGCCGGUUAAAUAAAACAUCGACUGAUCUGACUCAUUCCGUAACGUUUUUCAUUUCACUUUUUUUUCCCUCUUUAUUUUGUUACAUAACUAUCUGCUGACUUUCUCGCACCCGUUAAAAUUCGUUUAGUGCAAAUCACCUGUUUACCUUUCUCUUGGCAAGAAAAUCAAAUAACAGGCUAAUCUAAAACUCUCCUUUUCCGAUUGAUACCACAACAGAGGGGGAAUGCUUAGAGGCCGAAAGGAGGCCAGAUGUAGCAAAUUCCAAUUACUGCACCUCAACCUCUGCUAUUCCACUAUUGCCCCACCCUGAACCCUGGCCAAGAUUAAUAGAAGUAGUCCUGUCAUAAAUAAUUUUGGUAGACAGUUGUGUUGCCUUACACAAGUUGCAGGUGAGUUAAAUACACAGGUAAGUAACACUGAAAAAAAUCUGAGUCUUGUGUAUUUUUUUCCUUGUUACACCUUUUAAAAGUUCUAGCAUACAGUAUUUGUGUUUUAAUGUUUGUCACUGAUAUGGUGUUCUGGAAAUGGUAUAGUAAAUAUAGUAUUACCUGUUUUUGAAGAUUAAGUAUCGACUUUUAAACCAGAUUUGGAUGACCUUUUAAUAGUUUUGGCAGUUGAGGCCUAGAAAAUGAGCAUUAAUAGUCUAUUAGUCUUUUCUUUUUUUCUUCCCUUGUCAAUAGCUAUGUUUACAUCCAAGUUAUAAAAUCGCAAAAAAUAGAAAAGAGCUUUUUGGGUUUUUUUCAACAAUUAGAAUUAUUUUUUUAAAUACUGGAUGCAUUGUUUAAUUAAACAAUUCUAAUUUGAGGUGGGCUUGAAGCUCACUAGAGGUUUUUUCUUCAUUUAAAAGAACUUGCAAGGCAGAAAAUAUUUGCCAAAUAAAAAGUCAAUUGAAACAAGUCAUACCACUGAUUGACACUUUCUACUUUCAUCAUUAAAUUAGACCAUGGAAGAUGGUGGUACAAGUGGACUACAGAGUUAAAUGGUUCUUUACCAUGUCUUUCCACAGUUUGCAUAUGUGCUAUCGCACCUUAUGCAUAAUGUAUUUGCCACCAGUGAAGGAUCAUAUCCAAUGCUGGGAAACUGGCCAGUUAGAGAGAACAGGGAAUGUUAUUAAAAAAAAUUAAAAAAUGAGAAUGUGCCCAAUGUUAUUAACUUGUUCAUACAUACUGUCCAUACUUCUGUAGUUGAAGUGUUUUUACAGAUGUGAUGUGCCUUUUUAAAAAAUAAAUAUAGCUAAAGGAGGAGCAACAUUUGGAUGUAAACAUAGCUGUUACAGUUGACACAUUAUGGCUUUCCUGUAAUCAUUUUGUGUAUUAACAUUCAUGUUUACUGCUCCUGUUUUCAGCAGAGCCUGUGCAGUCAUCACACAGUCAACAUAAAUUCAGUCUUGAUUGUCUAAUCUGUUGAAUGUUGGGUAGUUCUUUAGAUAGUUUAAACUAAAAACAUUUUAUCGGCAAAGGCAUUUAGAGCUGUUAUUGUUAAUAUAUGGAAAAUGUAUAAUAUGCAAUAAACACAAACUGUCGUGGUGUAGCAUAAUGCAUUAUAUCUUCACGGCACAUGUGCAAUUAGCCUCAGCUGUUUAAGAACAUUUCAAAUGUAAAUGAUCAGAUAAUGGAUAGAUACUUGGUGAUAAAUAUGUGACAAGAAAUAUAUAGCUACUAUAUAGUGUGUGUGUGUGUGUGUGUGUGUGUGUGUGUGUGUGUGAGUAUAUAUUAGUGUAAUAGCUACAUUUUCUGCCAAAACUUUUCAUCUGUUAAAAUAAUGUUUACUGUUUAAUGAUUGGGUACCACAGAGGGAUGGCAAACUGGCAUGGCAAAUUUGAUGUAAAUAUAUGUAAGAGUAAUCAACCAAAUAGUUGCACACUAUUCUUAAUGUGCCAAUAUUUACCCAAUAUGCAUAUGCAAAAAGCCUGUUUCUGCCUUUUAAUAUGGUCUUCUCUUGAAACUGCCAUGUAUUUUCACAUGAAUAGAACAUGAUCUACAAAAGGUAAUAACCUGUAGAUUUUUGUUUCUGAUAAAAAACCGUGAAUUAUCCUUAUCAUUGUAUGAUCCAAAUGCAUGCUUUUGCUUGUUCAGAGAUUACUAUACUGCAUUCACUAAUCACCGUAUGCAGGCUAGGCAUGAUUGUAUUCCUUUUAUAGCAACAGAUAGCACAGUAGCAUACAAAGUUUUUUACAUGCAGUUUUCAUACUAUGCUGAACAUGAAUAUAGGAGCUUUAGAAUAGAGUAUGCAUGCUUAGGCACUAUUGUUGUUUCCUUUGGAAGAAGUGUUAUUGUUUCUUUUUGGUUGCUAUUAGGUUUCAUUACUUUAUGGCUUAAAGGGACAGUUACCAGUUUGUACCAGAUUUAAGAAGCUUUAACAUAUUAAUUAUUUUUAUUGAAAUUAAAUACAAGUACACAUGACUCCAGUAAUGUUUUAGAACCUGAGCGAUCUGGCGAUAUUAUCACAGAAUAUUUUUAUAUAUGUUGAUAUUGGCAACUUCUGUUGCUUUUAUGAAUUUGCCUAGAGAGCAUGUUUUCAUAUUGUGACAGCCUUUGGUUCUGGCUUCAAAGAAACAGCAAAGCAAAAGUGUAAGAGAAGUUCUACCACUCUGUGCCAUUUUCAUAAUGCCUCCUGGCAGAUGAAACAAAACCAGACCAGUCUAUUUAAUUCGCCAGUUAUUCAUCUUACAGGAUCUGUGCUUUUUGCUUUUUAUAUUUGCAGGCACAGAGUUAUGAGUGUGGUAAAACAUUUAAAUAACAUUUGUUUAUUUAAUCAGUUUUAUAGCGCAAAUGAAUCUGCUCAUGUGCAUGUCAGCUCCCCACGUGGUGGUGGAGUAUCGGCAUUUACGUGGCAUUUAUGGCAUUCCCUAGCAGUCUCAGAGAUGUGAUUGUGUGUAAUGGUAAUAGUUGUUGCGGUAGGUAUACUUCAACUGAUUUAGUUUAUACAGUUUAAAUAAUAUAUCCUCAAUUCCACUAUGUGAAGAUUGAUUUAAUAUUGCUGUGAUUUAAAAACUGAGCAUACUAGCUAGGUAAUAUAUUACCAGUAAAACUAUAAUUGGAUGGUGCUAUUAAGCCAAUUUGUGGCAUACUAACCCGCUGAUCCGAUUACCACGAUGCCAUUUCCAUGGUAUCAUGAUCUGCAAAUUUACAAAGUACUAUAAACCAAUUUAAAUCAAAUUAGGAAGUUAUUGUGACUAUCAACAUAUUUGGAUAUACUUACAAGCGUAUUUACUCAUGUUCUAGUUAUAUCCUAUGAACUAAUAGCAUUAAACCAGCUAAACAGGAUAUCGUUUUAAGAUCAUACUCAUUUUAAAGAAUGUAAAAAGCCUGUGUUUGUAACAACAGUUGCAUCAGUUUUUUUUAAUUGAUAAAAGAUAAUACAGAUGUCACAAAACAAAGCCAUGCCAAAGAACUGAAAGAUCUUAACCGAUGACCUUGAGAGGGUUAUACUCUGUUUUCAUAGAAACAAGUUGCUCAGAAAGCCAGCCAAUUAAGUAACAAAUAAUAAAUCCCUCUGACAUGGUAACAUCUAAAUUAUGUUACAGAAUAGUGUAAUUCAUAAAAUAUUUACUUAUUAUGCAGUGACAUUUUAGGUAGAAAGAAAAUAUUGAAAUUUAAUUUUAAAUACCAAAUGUGAUCAUUGGAACAUAAAGAAAAAAAAGAACCUAAAAUUAUAGGAUAAUCCAUACCAUUUUAAAAUAUAUUUUCCCAAUUAUAAUUAUGCAUGGCACAACCUCCCCAAUAGUUUAAUACCCCUCUGCAUUUUCUCACUGAUCCUAAAAUUGGUCCAAUCGGUCGUCGAAAGCUUUGAAAGUCACAGUCUUCAAAAGAUGAAAACGUAUAGCAUAGUCAUAGUCAUGUAUGCCUUUAGAGGUUCUACCAGGAAAUGCUAGUCAAACUUUCCUUUAUACAAAUGGUUGGUACUAACAAAGACGUAAUACUACACCUAAAGGUGUAUUGUUGGAUUGAAUCAAGGACAGGCAAAUUUUCGAAAUUUAAAAGGUACCUUCACACCAGAUAUUUAGACAAAAUUUCUAAAAAGAAAAAAAAAAGAAAAAAAACCAACCUAAUUUUCUAUCAACCUAAGACUUAUUUAUUCUAUGUGGUCAAAGAGGUUUUCUUAUCUUGUAUACAAAGAAGCACAUUAGAAACAGGUCACAUUAUGUAUUAGGCACCAAAAGAAACAAGUCUAAAGAGGCUAUACUGUGUCAGCUGUAAUAAUAUGAUAUUAAAGCCAGAUGUUUUUCAAAACUUGAGGGAAUAAACAUAAGGUUUGCUUACAAUAAACCUUAGAGCUGAUGUCAUUACAAAUCCAAAAAAACAGAAACAAGCUAUUAGUCUGUGUACAUUUCUAUACCAAUUAUGACUACUCCUUUGUACAUUUAUAAGCUUUCUGUGCCUGUGUUUGUAUGGAACAUGUGAAAUAAAGAGAAUUAAACUAU